AUGGUAGAGUUUGCCAUUAACAACUCGGUGCAUCCGUCCACGACACAUACACCGUUUUACGUGAAUGGCUUGCGCCAUCCGCGUGUACCCACCUUACUAGAGUGUAACUCUGGUUUAAAGGGGGGAGGGACUCGCGCGAGCAAAAACCGAUUUGGUUCACGCUCAUCACGCUCUGACGAAGAGGUCAUUGCGUUUGAUGCCGAUACCGAUAACAUUGAUAUCGAAGAAGAUGAUGCCAGUGAGAGCGCGGAAGCCCUCACUGAAGAAAAGAUUGAUGUUGCUGCAGUGCACUCACAGCACACUGAAGCAAACGAGUCAGCAGAUGAGUUCACACUGGCUCGUGCAACGGUAGUCCGUUUUGUGCAAGACUCCAUCGCCGAAGCGGUGGAUAAGCAAAAGCAAAACGCUGAUAAGAAUGGAAGGGCAAACACUCUUUAUUUAAUAAAGGUGACUUAG